CUGUAGUUUUACUAACUUGGGUAAUACCUCAUUUAUGGGCACCGUUAAGCGUCAAAGUGGCGCUUUGAACAGCGUAUGGGAGGAGAAGUACAGCCGACAAAGGGCAGAAGGGUUGUAUAUUGCAGAGGAUGGGCGCGAGGAUCGACUGGCAUUUCCAAGUGGUGUUUCUUUGUUCGAGUAUUUGGAAAGGGGCGAUAAGGAUAACUUUAUUGAGACAUUACUGAAAUACUCGAAGGAUCGCCUCGAACCACCAGGCAAGUUUCGCUUCUCGGCCUUGCGCAGCUACCUCUCCAGUGCAGACUUCGCCGAUCUUAAUCAAGGCGCACUAUCCACUAGACCUACCCCAAGCAUAAUAAUUCUAGAUGAAAGACGCGACCCAAUAGACACCUCUACAACAACACGUCACUGGGACUCCGAUGCGUACCUCAGAUACCCUCCCCAAGGGACUAAUGUAUCUACGGAGGAAUUAGACUUGUGUCAGUUGGUGCAGAGACUGACCGAAAAUAGACGACUCAAUGGUGCAGAGAGACGAACUUUAUAUGUGUCCCAUAUGACUUCGUCUUGUGCUAUGGCCAUUAUUGGUACUGCACCGACUCGUUCGAUACCUAUUCUACGAAAGUUCUUGCAUAACCAUCUACUUUCCCGAACUCAGUUUCGCAUAUCAUUAUCUGGGACAUAUACUAUCGAGUUUCAUAUACCAUAUUUCGCUCUUCGGGAAGGGCCGCCUAGUCUGGAUAACCGAAGAAAGGGAGAGGACGAUUUUCAAGCACAUAAGUUGCUGCCAUUACCUCGACCAGGCGAUGAAGAGGCCUACUACUAUGAGGCACAGACUUCAUUCCUGUUAACUGGUAUUGAUGAGCGCCUGUACUCUGUUAUCUGUUUCGUGGACACGUUUUUUGAAAGCGAACAAAGUCGUGAUUCCUAUUUAGAUACAACCAGCCCCCUAGAUGCUCCUUCUGGUGGGUCCCUUUGGCUUCAAUAUCCAGUUUGGAAUCCCCGUCAGUAUGCGCUAGCGGUGCAAUCCCAUAGGAUAUUUCAGGCCAGAGAGGAAUGGACGGCGCUGAUCAACUGCUUCGUUGAACGAUUGAAGUACUAUGAGCGGUUAUAUAAGCUCCCUGAUGACCCUAUGUUGACUAGGACAUCGGAGCUUACCGAGGCGGAGUCAACGAUACGUCUAUUCAGAGAUCAGCUCAUUAGCACGAUAAGGGCAUGGGAUGAGUACUAUGAUAGCUAUGGCAGUCUUUAUGAGGUGGAGAGCGUCAUACUUUACAACUGGUGGCAAAAGUAUUUGGGAUCUAUCCGGGAGUCAGUUUCGGAAUUAAGGGUCUUGCAUGAGCUCAUGGCUCAAAAGUUAGAACUCUUCAAAAGUAUGCGAGAUGGGCUUGUGAAUGCCUCGGCUUUUAAAGAAAGUGCGGAGGCGACGCGCCAAGGAAAUAAAAUAAGCAUCUUGACAAGGAUUACUAUGCUCUUUCUCCCUUUUACGUCGGUAACUGCGUUCUUUAGCCUACCCCAAUUGCCCCAAUCCGCAUGGCUCUGGUUUGCUUAUUGGCCUGCAGUAUUUUUAUUUCUAGUAGGAACCGUGUAUAUUUCCCGCGAACCCGAGUUACUUCAGAGUGUAUUUGGAGAAGGAUAUAGUCGUCAAAAACCCUGCCAGUUCUGA